CUGAUCCCAUGCCGCGAAUACGAUAUGUCAAAAUGGCCGAUCUCAGUAAAGAGUUGAACGAGUAUCUUCUCAGCAACAAGAAUGAAAAGCAAUAUAAGAUCACCAUUCCAUCGGUAGCGAUAUCGAGAACGAACUUUGGGAGAUGGUUCGGAAAAAGUACUGACGAGACGGAGGAGAAUGCGGGAUGGAUCCAGAGAUCGCAGAGAGAAUGUUGUCCCGCUAUGACGCGAACACAAAGACUCAUAUCCUUCGCUGUGUGUUUUCUUCUGGGAUUAUUAUGCUUCUGUCUAUCAGCGAUGUAUAUCCCCGUUUUAUUAUUCAAAGCAAGAAAGUUUGCUCUCCUUUAUUCCUUAGGAAGUCUCUUCUUUCUAAUGAGUUUUUGUUUUUUGUGGGGAUCGAGUUAUAUGAAAUCGUUAUUCCUAGCCGAGAAGAAGUACUUCACCAUAUUGUACUUCGCAACGUUAACAGGCACACUCUAUUUCGCUCUGCAUUUGCAAUCAACCCCUUUGACAGUAUUGUGCGCUAUUUUGCAGUUGGUAGCUACGUUAUCCUUUCUAAUAAGUCAUAUACCAGGAGGUACAACUGGUCUCAUGUUCUUCACAAGAAUGUUUAGAUCGUCUGUGAAGUCAAGUUUACCUGUGUGAUGAGAUUACUACGCUUAGGAUACAUUUCAAUGAUUUAUAAUAAAGCAACAGUACUCUAUCUCGUGCAAUGUUUUUUUGAACGUCACAUGAAGUUUGUAUCGAGAGAUAGGAUAUUAAAUGAAUUAUCACUCAUCUAAUAUCUCUAUGUCUAAUUGUUAUUAAAAUUAAUACACAGAA